AUGUCAAAUUUUACCUCAAAAUCCUGCCUUCUCUUCACAUCUUCGCCAGCAUACACGCUUUCCAUAAACACAAAUUCACUCGGAACUGAGCUCUUGGAUGCCAUGGUCUACGUGAUGUUUUAUCAUGGGCCACAAUUGUCAACCAAAAAGUUAUUCAUUACUAUGAAUCGGCCAACCACACCUGCUCGCUCCACCACGUCCACAAAUGCAAAUUGUUGUCAGCAUUACAAGCGUCUUGAUUUCGUUGGUAGUCGGGUGACCAUCGUGAGUGGCAAUCUACCCUCCGGGACCGGGAGCUCUGCAUGCGUCUGCACUUGCCCUGAGAAAAGUAUUGCCACAGUGAUUGCAGAUGGCCUGCUAAAAAAGAGGGACACAAUCCGGAGCUGCCUCCUGUCGAUAAAGCUUAAAUUGACUUCAUAG